AUGGAUAGUCUGUGUUUGAUAUUUGAUGAGACACCAAGUGAUCCAAAGGAUGUUCGAGUAGGCGAUUACAUCAAGGCUGAGGUGAAUGGGUCUGCUUUUACGGCAAAAGUGACAGAUAUGACAACAGUAAAGAACGGAAAGCAUGGUGCGGCAAAGACUUCGUUAGAAUCAAAACUGCUUAAGACAGGAGCAACCCAUAAGUUGACUUAUACAUCCAAUGACAUGGUUGUGUUGUGUCGACCUACAAAGCUAACAUUACCGCCUAUAAUUGAUAUUUACACUGACAAAAAAAGUGGCGUCACAAUGAUCAAUUUUAUUAACGCAGAUGGCAGUGAUGUUGAGCUCAAACUUGAUGAAAUCAUGAGUGCAGAAAAUAUUAAGAAGAUAUGUGAAGAAUUUAAAAAGAACGAAUCUGAGAAAAAGGAGCUUAUCUUAAAAUUUAAGGCCUUUUCUGAUAUCUGGCUGUUUGAUGGCAUUAAUAAUGCUUCCACCAGCUCCUAA